AUGGCAGGCCAAAGAGGAGGCGGAAGGGGCGGCUUCGACAUCGGGCUCCUCUUCGCACACAAGAUCCUGCUGGCGACAUUCGCGCUGGCAUUCGUGGGAUGGUUUGUCGCCUUCAUCGGACAGAUCGUCGCCGAGGCCAGCAAUGACCGCCAGGGGACGCUGUGGUUCGGCAUCUUCCUCGAGUUUUUCCUCAUCGCCGGCAUGACGGCCUGCGUCAUCACCGACAGCCUCGCCCUGGCCCGGCUGCAGCUCGUCGCCUUUGACGCCGUCGCCCUCGUCUUUGCCGUCUCGGGCAUCGACCGCGGCAUCUACGCCAAUACCAGCAGCCUCCAGGCCGUCGCCGCCGGCUACUUCCUCAUGACGAUCGCCAACCUCGUCUGGCUGCUCUACCUCACCAGCGAGGACGACUCUCCCCUGUUUGCCCUGCUCAACUCGACCAACCAGGGCCUCAGCAGCCCCGGCAGCCGCAACAGCGGGCGGUACGGCGGCGCCGGUCCCGGCAUGCGCAGUGGCGGAGGCGGGGGCGGUUACGGCGGCGGCAUGGGCAACGGCUCGGCCUACUCGGGCGGCUUCCAGGCAGGCGCUGCGUCGGGCGGCUACCAGCCCGCGUUCGGCCACAGCCCCUCGGCCGCCGACGUCACGACGGCCAACGGCACCGGCCUGGGCGCGUCCAAGCUGGCGCAGAGCCCCAGCAUGCGAAGCCGACAGGGAGGCGAGACGGUGCUGGGCAGCCAGGUCGGCAUGGGCGGAGGCACGGGGACGGCGGCGGCAGGCGGCGGACCCGCUUCCGACCUCGGCGGCGCGCCCUCGACGACGUCGCACAGCAACGUUGCGCCCGGCUCGCCCUCGGUCGCGCGGAAUCAGGGCGAGGGCGGGCAGCCCGACUACGGCUACAAGGCGAGGGCGCUGUACGCCUACCAGGCCAACGCCGACGACCCGACCGAGAUCUCGUUUUCCAAGGGCGAGGUGCUCGACAUUGUCGACAACUCGGGCAAGUGGUGGCAGGCCAAGAAGGCCAGCGGCGAGACGGGCAUCGUGCCGAGCAACUACAUGCAGCUGCUCUGA